AUGCCAAAAGGAAAUUUGAGCUUGGACCAAGACUAUGAAAUACAGAAGAACGAAUUGGAGGCGAUAAGAUGCAUAUAUAUGGACGAUUUUGUGAACAAGACGACUGCCAAGUCUUCUUGGGACAGACGGCCUCUGAUCCAGUUUCAGAUCUCGCUCAGAUCCACAAACCAGGAGCCCGCCGAAUCGUCCAUGACCUUGGAUAUAACGUUGCCAGCAAACUACCCCCAACAGCCACCCAUUAUCAAGUUUGAGAACGUGAAAAACGUCCUUGGGAGCUAUUUAACAGCGCUGCAAGACGAUAUCAAAACCAUACACCAGCGGUCCAACGGUCGCGAAGAAAUCAUAUUCGAAGUUACAUCGCUAGCUCAGGAAAAGCUGGAUGAGGUGCAAGCAACCGCAAACAUGCAAUCUCUGGAAGAUGACCGGAUACAACGUAUCGAAGACGAGAAAAAGCGAAUGGCAGAAGAAGAAAUAAAGCGCCAAGUUGACGUUGAAGUCAGAAGAGUGAAAGAACAGAAAAUGAUCGAUGAAAUUGUGCGUAAGGAAAUCGAGAAAAGGCAUGACGACGAUUUCACAUUCCAGCACGAAAAUCUAAUCGAACUUAACCCGCCAGCAGACUGGGUUGCCUCUGGCGAAGCCUACAUUUUCCCCAAAGUCGUAAGAGCCAAACUGCCGAACAAUUCUUUUUACAAAUUCAAGGCGGUAGUGAACCCUAAGGAAGUGGAUCUAGGUGCAGAUCUACUUGGAUUUGCUCAGCAGAAACUGGUAAAGCCUUACAUACCUCCCGACUCGCCCUUAGCCAACACCUUGACGUCCUCUGACAUGAUGGUCAACUUCUUUUAUCUACUUACCGAGAUAACUUUGGACAACACCCAUUUCAACACAAGCAUUGGUAAACGCGAGAUAUCAAAUCUCGAGAAAGAGUUGGACUCUCUCACUCGAGUCACCCAUGACAACGUCAAUAAACUCUUUGCAUUUGCGGUUGAAAGGGUUGGAAGAAGCAAUAGCACAUACGCCUGGAAGAUUCGAAUAUUGAGUGAGUACUCCCCCAUGUCCUUGGUCGGUGAAGUUGUGGAAUCUGUUGGUUUCGUUAACUUGGCCACGGCUCGCGGUUGGGUUUUAAGACUUAUCGAAGGUCUCGAAUGUCUUCAUAAACAUGGUGUCGUCCACAAAUGUGUUUCCCCGCGAACCGUUAAUCUGGCCAGAGACGCCGAUUUUGGAACAAUAGUUCCCAAGUUGAUGCAUCCUGGGUAUGGUUUCACGCUUGUCAGCCUUCUAGCCAGUCACCCUAAUAAAAGUGGUACUAAAAUUGACCCCAUAGAACAGCCCUGGAAGGCGCCCGAGCUUAUAAAGUUCAAUAAUAGCAAGCCACAGAGAAAGACUGACAUCUGGCAACUGGGCGUUUUGUUUGUUCAGAUCAUAAACGGAAUUGAUACUCUUGGAAAAUACUCCUCAUCACAUGAAUUUUUGGAAAGCACCAAAAUGGAUGCUAGUCUUGCAGACUUCUUGGAUAAGCUUCUGGAACCCGAUUUCAAAAAGCGAUUAGGUCCAUUGGAGUUGAUGCCCAUGAAAUUUUUGAGAACUAAUUUGGAUCCAUCGAUAAACAAGCUCGGUUCCCCCAACGCUGACUCAAGCUCGUCUUUUGCUCUUAGCGCUAGAAGGAGCUCGAGACCAAGUAACUCUUUACAGUAUCUGCCCGACGGGGUCAGAAGACGAAGUUUUAAUGUCAAAUCCAGGUAUCUCUCCACCAAUCCCAACUACAAUUCUAGAUAUGCGACUGACUUCGAAGAGGUUGCAAUGCUGGGAAAAGGAGCAUUUGGUCAGGUAGUUAAAGCACGGAACGCUUUGGAUAGUAGGUACUAUGCCAUUAAAAAAAUCCGGCAUACUGAAGAAAAACUGUCCUCGAUACUAAGUGAGGUUAUGCUUCUGGCCAGUCUCAAUCACCAAUAUGUUGUCCGUUAUUAUGCCGCAUGGCUAGAGGAAGAACCAGAUGUGGAGGAUGCCGUGACUUCAAGUGGAUCUGACCUUGAUUCGGAGGGGUCAGACUCUGAUCUCGAGAGCGAUUCUGAUAGCCGCCUUCAAAGUGGCGCCAUGAGCAGAUCCGCCAAUGCGAACAAUAAUUGGGAUUUCAUUUCGAACUCGUUUCAAAACUCCAACCUGCCGGAAAUUGUGUUUGCAAACAGCUCCAGCGAUGCUGACGAAAAUUCAGAGGAUGAGAGUAGCGAGUCUUAUUCCGAUGGCCCCCUAUCGGAUGCUUUUGAGAACAGCAGCAAUGAUUCUAUUGCCGAUGAUGAGAAAAGAGUAAAGCAGCGAAGAAGUCCGGCCAACUCACGAAAGGGCUAUGCAAUGGCUCAAUAUCGAAAUUCAAUAGAGCAAGUUAAUGCCAGACGGAAUGUUAGAAGCACUCUUUUCAUUCAAAUGGAAUACUGUGAAAAUCGCACGCUCUUUGAUCUGAUACACACAGAGAACUUGAAUUCUCAAAAAAAGGAGUAUUGGAGACUAUUUCGAGAGAUACUGGAUGCUUUGGGAUAUAUUCAUUCCAUGGGUAUCAUUCAUCGGGAUCUCAAGCCUAUGAACAUUUUCAUUGAUGAAUCGAAGAACAUCAAAAUUGGUGAUUUUGGCCUUGCUAAAAACGUCCAUAAAUCUGCUGAUCUUCUGCGCGUGGACACACAAAUGAGUGCUGGAAGCACAGACGAUCUCACCUCUGCAAUUGGAACAGCCCUUUAUGUUGCUACCGAAGUUCUCAGCGGGAAGGGGAACUACAACGAGAAGAUCGAUAUGUACUCUCUUGGCAUCAUCUUCUUUGAAAUGAUUUAUUCAUUCAGGACAGGCAUGGAAAGAGUCAAUGUUCUUAAAAUGCUAAGAACGCCUGCGGUUGCUUUUCCGGCAGAUUUUGACGACCAUAAACUAACAGUUGAAAAGAAGAUAAUUCGACAAUUACUUGAUCAUGAUCCUAGUAUAAGACCCAAUGCUCAAACGCUCCUACGCAGCGGUUUACUACCCGUUAAGCAUCAAGAUGAUGUCAUAAAGGAUGCGUUGAAACAUCUUGCAGAUCCUUCAUCUCCUUGGCAACAACAAGUCCGAGAAAGUCUGUUUGCCCAACCCUACAGUGUUACGAAUGACAUUCUCUUUGACAAUAGCAAGCUGAACUCUACCCCCUUCAAUCAACUUCUAAAGUCACAAAUGAUGGAAGAGGUCAUUAAGAUUUUUAAAAGGCAUGGCGCAGUGGAAAACACCGAGACCUCCGUAAUUUUCCCUAAGGCUCCCAUUUAUUCUACUCAAAACGUCUAUGAAAUUCUUGACAAAGGCGGGUCAAUUUUACAGUUGCAGUAUGACUUGACGUAUCCGAUGGCAAGAUAUAUUGCUAAAUGCCCCAACUGCGUCAGCAAGCAAUAUCGCGUACAGCACGUAUACCGACCUCCUCAACAGACACAGACAAGUACCGAGCCGCGGAAAUUUAUUGAGGUCGAUUUUGAUAUCAUUUCACAAUCGACCGCAGAAACCCCGUUUUAUGAUGCGGAGAGUUUGAAGGUCGUAGACGAAAUUAUCACACAGCUUCCGAUCUUUGGUAAAAUCAAUACAGUUUUCAGCGUCAACCACGCUGAUAUCCUGGAAAGCAUUUUCAGCUUUUGCGGAAUUGAUAAGGCACAGCGCUCGCUUGUGUCGCAUAUGCUAUCUCAGGUUGGUUUUGCGAAAUCAUUCAAAGAUGUCAAAAAUGAAUUGAAAGCUGUUUUGAAUCUUUCCUCGACCUCCCUGAACGACUUGGAAUUGUUUGAUUUCCGGUUGGACUUUGAGAGCGCCAAAAAGAGAAUGCAUAAGGUAAUGGUCGAUAGUCCGUACCUUGCUAAAGUGGACGAAUCUCUUCAGUACAUCUCAAAAGUGCUAAGCUUUUUCAAGCCAUUGAAACUGACAAGAAACAUUUUGGUGUGUCCUUUGAGCAAUUACAAUUGGUCUUUCUACAAAGGCAAUAUCAUGUUUCAAGCAGUGUACGACGAUGAAAGGACCAGAAGCCUGAUCGCCGCAGGCGGACGAUAUGAUAAAUUGAUCUCUCUCAUUGCACGGCCCUCUGGUGGCAAUACAAAUAGUGUUCAAAAGGCUGUGGGCUUCAACUUAGCAUGGGAAACUAUCUUAGUGGUGGCCCAAAACUACUUCAAGCUGGCUGCUGGCAAGAAAACGAAAAAAAGAAGCACUUUUUUGAAGGACGCAACUUUAGACUGGAAGCCCACGCGGUGCAGUGUCAUUGUUUCGAGUUUCUCAAAUCAUAUUCUCGACACCAUUGGUGUAGAGAUACUGAACCAGCUCUGGAAAGCAAAUGUUAGCGCGGACUUUGUUCGCAAUUGCUACACUGUGGAUGACGUAGUUUCAAUUGCUCAGCGUGACGGUGUAGACUGGAUUCUUUUCAUAAAGCAGCAGAUGUACUCUGCUUCAAGCCACAAACGCAAGUACAAACCGCUUAAGGUAAAAAAACUAGACGGGGAGCUGGAUGUUGAUCUCGAUUUUGAUGAGUUCCUAGCUUUAUACCAGCAAGAAACAGGUCAAAAAGCAGGUAGCAAUGAUCCGCUUCAGUUUUACGACGGAAGUCCGACAUCCGUGGAAGAGAAAAGAUGGGACGAGCUGGGAAGUGCCGAUGGGAGUCUUGAUGAUAGUAGCAAUGCUUCAUUUAAAGGCCAAGGCGCUCAAAAGGUUGUCUACAUUCCAAACAUGGCUACUCGUGCUAAGAAGUCCAACAAGAAGGAGAAAUGGGUCUACGAGGACUCUGCCAGAAGUGCCUCGCGUGCAAUUAUCUCGAGUUUGUCGACCGCGCCUAUUUUCGCUGUCGAUGCAAUUAGAGAAGAAACGCUUGAGAUCAUUUCAGUGACCUCACUUGAUCAAAAAGACGAAUGGCUGCGCAAGGUUUUUGGUGCCGGUCAGAACUCUGCGCCCCGUAGCUUCGCCACAAGCAUUUAUAAUAGCUUGUCCAAAGAAGCCUCCAAAGGUGGUAAGUGGGCAAUUGUCCAUUGCAAUAAGACCGGUAAGUCUUGUGUAGUUGACCUACAACGUUAA